AUGAACAACAACAUCAAGGGCAAGCCUCCGCCCUCCUUGCCGAAUCAGGCUUUGGAGCCUCGGCAGCCUUCUCCAGCAUUGGAACAACGUUUCAGGAGCCCAUCCGCAUCGCGCCGUCAGAAAACACUCAUUGUGCUUGCGCUCGCGCUCGGCGCAUCGGCGACCUUGUCUCCAAUAGCACGCAAUCUCGUACGGCUCAUUGUCCUACCGCCCCUGCUCGGCGCGUUUGCGCUCACGAUCGGCAUCGCCGCGCUGCUUGUCGCCGCUGGCCGUGCCGAGGCCCGAUCCCCACCCACGCCGUUCUCGAGCCUUCAGCAUGCCGCGACACGCCCUUUGGCGUUUACCACUCCUACUCGAUGGAAGGAGUUCAUUGCCGGGAUGGAGAGCGAGGCAGGCGGUGCUGGAAGCCGGUUGCGUGCUGCUGGGGUGAGCGACGCGCUUGCCGAAGCGGCAUCCGCCCCUCUUCCACAAUCGCCGCUCGCAGCAGCGAGCCGCACUGCUGUACCCGGGUUCGAGACCCCAGCCGUCGCUGCGCGCCUCGACGCGAUCCUCGGCCUCAUCCGCACCUUCUACGUAUUGCCGUGGUACACGAAGAUCUCGCCGUCGCGUGCCUUCCCCGACGCCGUCGAGAGCAUCAUCCGACAUGCACUCGGAUCCGCGGCCAAGCAAGCCCAGGACGUGGACUGGCCCUCCGUCGUCACCGCGCGCGUACUCCCCCUCGUCACUGAGCACUUCCAGCACUUCCGCUCCGUCGAGCACCUCGCCGCACCACCCAGUAGCCCCGACAAGGGCCUCCCCCUGCCGCUACCUACCCACGCGCAUCCGGCGCUCACUCCCCGCAACGUCUCCCCGGACGCUGACAUACCCGCCAUCGAGGCACACCUCCGUGGUCACGUCCAACGCGCGCUGCUCGUCCUCCUGCCCGAGAAGGAGCGAACCGACGUCGUCGCGAUCAUGGUACGCGAGAUCGUGCUCGGCGCCAUUAUCAUGCCCGUCUUCAACAUGCUCUGCGACUCGGACUUUUGGAAUCGCCAGAUCAGCGAACAGGGUGCCAAGCUCCUGCAUGAGCGGAAACAGGUCAACAAGGUCCUCUCGGCGCUGUCAAGCGUCCCGUCAGCGCCAUCAACCAGCCCAAGAACUAGGAAGACGGAUGGUAUGACCACCAGCAUUACAGCUCACUCGGCUACAAAGGAAUUUGAGGAGUUCAUGCGCUCCCUCCCCAAGCUGCGCACGCUCGGCGACGCGCGACGCCUCCGUGCCGACGUGGACCGCGAACUCCGAUCCGCUCGGGCUGCCCAGAAGCUAGCAGGGUCUGAGAUGGACAAGGAUGGACGGCGGGCGGUGCGUUACGUCCAUCGUCUGGAGCGAGCACGCUGGCAAAUCGAUCGCCGCAUCGCUCAGCUCUCUGGCAAGGCUGAGAGCCCGACGCGCGCGAGCGACUCGCCUCUCGCACGAUCUGCUACCGUCUCGCUCGGCACCAUCCUCGGCGAACCGGCGUGCCUCGCGUACUGGCUGGAGUUCAUGGAGCGCCGAGGACGCUCGCAUCUCGUACAGUUCUGGCUCACCGUCGAGGGAUUCAAGGACCCGCUCGACGCGUCUGGCGGCCUAGGACUCAAGACUGAGGACCGAGGCAUGAACGAGCGAACCAUGAAAGACGAUAUGGCGUUCCUGCAUUCGACGUACUUCAACUCGGAGCAUCGUAUCGCCGUGUCUCCGCACCUUGUUGAAACAAUCGCGGAGCUGGCAGAGAAGCAGGGCCCGCUCACGGCCGAGCUUGUUGAUCAAGGCAAGCGCGUUGUCUACAAUGCCCAGAGGGACGUGUACCUCCAGAUGGAGGAGGGAGAUUGGGAUGCCUUCCGGACCAGCGAGUUGUAUCUCAAAGCUUUGAGUGAGCUCAAGGAUUCAGUUCGACCGCGCAUUACCAGGACAUCGUCCCACAGCCCGCCCUCAUCGCAUACGCAGCACCUUGUUGCUCCAGUUCCCCAACGGCGGAGCACGAGCGACCAGCAGCAACCUCCGCGUUCGGCCCGGCUGUCACCACGACCAUACCUGGUCAACGGCAGCUUUGCGCCGGUGACGCCGGCAGCGCCGUCGACUGUCACGUCCACCACGGCACCGGACUUCACCAAGCGGCGCAUCACGCCUGAACGUUCUGCGUCUACCUCGCCUCGCUCUGGCUCCAUCCCAGCUAGAACAUCAACACCACCGCCUCGGCGUUCAGUCUACCUGAACACAUUGAUGGGCGCUGACGAGCCGUCAGAGCGGGAUCCACUUUUCUCGAACGACAAGACGGACGACGAAUACGAACACCUCGAGGCGCAACGGAUGGAGGCUCUCCAGACUGCGCUGAAUGAGAUUAUUGCCGAGGACGCUGGCAGCCGCAAGGUGUCUGAAUCGCUGGAAGGGCUCGACUCCCCACAGUUGGUGGGCUUUGACUUUGACGUCGACCCACUGAGCAUGUCUACGCCGGGGCUGAUUGAAGCGACGGCGGCCACGGAUCCUUACCAUCCACUCGCUGGGCGCAAGAUUACCUCUCGCUCGGCUGAGGACCUGAAAGGUCUCGCAAUGUCGCCUGUACUUCCAGUUCCAGCUGCUCCCCCACGUGCACCUCAACUAGUGCGUCGUGGUAGCGCCGACAGCAACCUGCAUCGCCGCUCCAAGAGCAUCUUCAUGGACGACUUGCCGUCCGACGACGAACCCGACGCGGAGUCGGCCAUCGACAUCCUGGUUCCAUCCAGUACUGCGAGUGCCGUUCCUGGCGACUUGCAGUUAUCGGGACAGAUUGCACGACUGGAGGGCAAGAUUACCGAGUUCAAGAAGCAAGACGCGCUGCUGGACGGGCUCAUCCGGCAAGCCGAGCUUACCGGCAACGCCAAGGAGCUCAAGCUGCUCCACCGAUCUCAGAGCUCGCUCCGUCGCGAGCUGCGAACGGCCGAGCUCGAGGUUGCGCAGUACCGGCGUCAGGAAGAGGAAAACCGUCUCGUGCCGGGACGCACUCGCGGUACCAUUCUACGCGCUGUGGCAGAGGACCAGGUCGUGCGGUACACGCUCGAGAUUGCUCAGACGCAGGACGAACGCGUCGUUCUCGCGUGGCAUGUGGUGCACCGCUACAACGAGUUCUAUGAACUGGAUCGGGCACUGCGCGACGACCCGUCUAUCAGCGAUGCGAUGCGCCACGUCGUGGACCUGCCUAGCAAACGACUCGUGCCGCUCACAAAUGCGGGUUUCAUCGAGUCGCGCCGCGCCGGUCUGCAGAAGUACAUCCAGAGCAUCCUUGCGCAGAAGGCUCUGUGCGACAGUCGGCUCGUGCGCAACUUCCUGUCCGAGCGGCCCCAGCAGCCGCGCAGCUCCAACCUUGCACUCGCACCUACGCGCAUUGUGCAGACACUAUACCGCACAGUCGCCAUCGGAUUUGAAGAUGGGUCGAUGCCCCCGAUGCUCGACCUCAUGACGCAAGGCCUCAGUCGGCAGCUCGCAGAAGUGGCUGACGGUGUGCAAGGCGUGACAGACGAGCUGGCUGUGUUGAUGCCUGCGCUACUGCCAUGGGCGAGGGUCGAGGCUUCGACCUCCUUACCAGUUGCUAGCAAAUCCUCAGCGGUGACAACUGCCGCGAUUACGGUGGGCGGAGAUUCUGGCGACACUGCCGUACCCGCACUCGAGAACGCACUCCCGCCUGCGCUGCAGCCUCUUGGGGGAGAAGGCGCGGCUGGUGGCUUUACGGCACCGAUCUGCGACCUCUUUAUUGAGGUGUUUGAUUUGAAGGAGAGCAACUGGCUGCGGCGGCAGGCGAUCGUCAUCAUUCUGCAACAGGUGCUGGGAGGUACGAUCGAACGAAAGAUGCGAGACAGUUUCCGGCGCUACACGGCCCCGCGCAAGGUCGACCGCGUGCUACGGGUCUUCCAGGACGCGAUGUGGCCCGGCGGCGCGCGGCGUCCGGACUCGCCGCCUCGCACGGACGCGGACCGCCUCGACGCGCGCAUCACAUCCUCGCGUCGUCUGGGCAUGCUCAUCCCCGACGUCGCGGCCAACAUGAUCGGGCGCGGCAACGCUCGCCGCGCCGCGCACCUCGUGUGGGGUGCACUGCAGGACCGCCGGCUCAACCAGCACCUCGUGCUGUGCAUUUUUGACGAGAUUUUCGGCGCUUUGUUUCCUAUUCCCAAGUAA